AUUGUUUCCAUUCGUUAAGUUUUCCUUCUUUGUCAAAAAAAAAAAAAAUCUCAUGCAUGCAUUUAGGCUAUAAAUCUAUCUCUAUUUUGAUAAAUUUUAUAAUAUGGAAAAGUAUAUAUACAUUUCUGGUAACCACAAUGACUAUGAAUAUUUUUGUAAUAGGGUGUUUCAUUCGUGUUUCCUCGUUUUAAGAUGGAAAUAAAAAGAAUAAAAAAAGGAAAGGAAAAAUGUAACGUAUAUUUGAAAAGCAAAGUCUGAACAGGAUUCUCAUUGAGAUAUCAAAACUCUAUAAAAACAUAUAUACACAGUUUUAUAAAAAUGAAGAGAGCGCAAUCGCAAAUACAAGAUAAGGUUUAGAUCUUUUAAAAAAAAGAAAACACUGGUUGAGUUUAGGGUUUGUUAAUUGGUUAUUGUCAAAGCAAUGAGGAAUCAGAUUCGUAGGAGGGGUACAAGGAGGAAUCCGAUUCGUAGGAGGGAUACAGUGAGUGAGAUUCCAGACGAGUUGCUGUUGACGAUACUGUCUUUUCUUCCUAGUAAAGAUGUUGUAGCCACGAGUGCCAUUUCAAAACGGUGGAAGUCUCUUUGGAAGGAGGUAAAGACAUUCAGAUAUGAUGAUUCAUAUCCUCUCACUUUUAACAUGUUUGCGCUAUUCAUUAGAAGCAGAUCAAGUGUAGACAUCUUGCAGCUCAAGUUGAACCCAGGUUUUUCGAGAACAAAUAUCAACCCUUUGGUUAAGGAUGCAGUUGCUCGCUCUUUGAGAGAACUGAGAAUAGAGAUGCUUUACAUAUCCUUUGAGUUGCCCCAAUGCUUGUAUUUCUAUCCACAACUUGAAACCCUCAUACUCCAGAAACUUAGUCUUGUGGAUAUUCCAUCUAACGUUUCUUUGAUUGGUGUCAAGAAACUCCACAUUUUAUCGGUUAGAUUCUCAAGCGACGAAUCAGUGAUUAAGCUUCUAAGCAUAUGCCCACUUCUUGAAGACUUGGUAGUGAGAAGAAGCCUAUAUACCAAUGUGAUGAUAUUUACUAUUGAUGUUCCUACACUGAAGAAUUUAUGUAUCUAUAAUUCGUGGAAGUCAAGGCCUGAAGGUGUUCAUGGGUUUGUGGUUAAUGCACCUUCUUUGAGGUGCUUUAACAUUAAGGACAGCUUCAGCAACUAUUUACGGUUUGGUAAUAUGCCGGAGCUGGUCAAGGCGAGUGUCAACAUCGUGUGUGACCAACCUGAGGACAUUCUAGGAUCUCUUGCCUCAACAAGACAUCUCUCUCUGUGUUUACAGUCUCCAUAUCUUCAUCUUGCUACUUCGUUCCUCUUUCUUGACCACCUAGAGCUAUUUUCAUGUCCUUCCCAGUGGUGUAAUUUACUCAAAGACGCUCCAAUACUCCGAGUUCUCAAGUUGUAUCAGAAACACUCUCAGUCCAACGACGUGACUUAUUCAUGGAACCAACCAAUUUCUGUUCCUGAAUGUUUAAUGUCCCAUCUGGAGAGCUUCGAGUGGAGACAAUGGCACCGACCAAGAGAGAGAAGCUGCAAAGUACAUCCUAAGAAAUGCGAGUUGUCUAAAGAAGGCGUCGUUUUACUCAAAAUCUGCAAGGAAACAUGAUAUUCUGAAGGAGUUGGAGUCUGUGGCAAGAGGCUCAAAGACUUGCAUGCUUGUGUUUGAGUGAACGCUUCUUUUAUUAAUAAUAACUUGGGAAUAGUAUUUUCCAUCAUAUUUCUCUUAUUUCCGUACUCAAUUAUGUAUUUCCAACUAAAUAAUUGUUUUUAUAAAUAAAUUUCUAGAAAAGGUAAAAUUUAUAAUUUUUUAUUAUUUAGUAAAAAAAUUAAUUAACUCAUAGAAAUUUAAU